AUGGGUUCUAACGUCGAGAAUUCUCUCUACGAUUUCUAUCAUCACCCAAGCUCUUUCAUCGUUCCUCCAACUUCUCCCGAAGCCUUUGGUGUUAAAGUAAUUCCGCGUCAAUAUCCAUUAUCAUUUACACAUGAACGCGGCAUUAGUAGCACCGAAGAAGCCUCCGAGAGUCCUGAUAAACAAAAAAUUGUGCGCUUUAGAGAUAAGCUUGUUGAAGAGGACGAAACAGAAACGUUUUUUCAGUCAAUAUCUCCAGAAAGUGCGAGCAGCAGACCUAUACGCACACCAAGUGCACUCUUUAAUGAAUCUAUAUUAGCACAAACAACGCCUAAAAAGAGAACACCGUCUUCACGAGUCACGCCAAACACCUCUUUCUCCGCCACAUCAUCCUCUUCCUCUCUCUCAGAUAAUCCUUCGCCAAUCGGCUUGCGUAAUCUAACUACUCCAUCUUUCCUGAGAACUCCUCCUUCAAUGUACCACACUUCUUAUUCUCAACAAUCAUCAUCAUCAUCAUCAAUGAGAGACAACACAUUUGCUAAUUUGAAGCGUCCGUCACAACUUUCACUCUCGCGAUUUGAUGAAAAAAUUAAAUUGAAGGAAAAUCCUUCGAUAAUGACAAACUUUGACCCGGAUAAAGAUAAAAAACUUUAUGGUCAAGCCGUGGGUAUUUACAAGAGUUUCAGUAGAAAUAUCGAUGAUGAUAGUUAUAUCAUACAAUAA